AUGGGUAAUAGCAAGAAGUACCUCUACACAGACAGGGUGGAUUUGCCACCUGAAGAUGCCAUAGGUCUUCUGGACUUGGCAAUGUCUUACUUCAUAUAUGAUGCAGAGGAUUUAGAAGAAUUCUGCUUUAAGUUUUGCAUCAAUCAUUUGACAAAAGUCACCCAAACCGCAGCAUUUUGGCACAUGGAUGGCCCCCUGCUAAAGGAGUUCAUUGCUAAAGCCAAUUCUUUGACAUUGAGCUGCUUGUAUGACGAUAGGAUGUUCAGAUACAUCUGGUCUUCCUUGUGCCACUGGUUGGCAGGCAACAGAUUUAAUAACAGAGUUAUAAAUGUAUCUACCGAUGCUUUAGUAAACCCUCCAGACAAUGAAACAAGCACAACUCCAUUGGAAGUAAAGGUAGUGUCCUCGAAUGAAGGAAUAAUUGACAGCAGACCUCCAUUGGAGGUAAUAGAAGUGCCCUCAAAUGAAGCAAUAAUUGAGAGCAGAACUCCAUUGGAAGUAAAGGUAUUGCCAUCAAAUGAAGGAAUAAUUGAAUGCAGACCUCCAUUGGAGGUAAUAGUAGUGCCCUCAAAUGAAGGAAUAAUUAAGAGCACACCUCCAUUGGAAGUAAAGGUAGUGCCCUCACAUGAAGGAAAAAUUGAAUGCACAACUCCAUUGGAAGUAAACGUAGUGCCCUCAGAUGAAGGAAUAAUUGAGAGCACAAUACCAUUGGGAGUAAAUGUAGUGUCCUCAAAAGAACCAAUAAUUGAAAGCGAUAUCAUAUCUGAUUUUACAACAGGAAUUGAACAAGGAGAUGCCAGCGAAGGAAGCUUCGUGAAGAACCUUGUGCACUUAAUUGUGACAUCUAUAGCUUUUACAAUAUUUGGAAUCUUGCUUCUUUUUAUUGAUAUGGGUCUGGUUGUCAUGGAUAGUCUCCUCACUAAGAGUGAACUUCAUAUUCCUGUGGAAUAUAGAAUGAUCUCCUUAGCAAUUGGUAUAUAUUUCUUUAUCGAUGUUGUUCUUCGAGUAUACAUAGAAGGGAAAAAGUAUUAUUUUUCUGAUUUACUUAACAUCUUUGAUACAGUCAUAAUUGCCAUCACAUUUUUGAUAGAUGUUGCAUCCAUAUUUUUUUAUUCUAAAAGUCUUAAAGAUAUUCCAAGGGUGGCUGUUAUAUUUCAACCGAUACGGCUUAUCACUCUGUUAAGAGUGUUUCACCUUGCAAAUCAAAAGAGACAUCUGGAACAAUCAACCAGAAGACUGGUGUCUGGAAACAAGAGGAGAUACAGCAAGGAGAGUUUUGAUCUUGAUUUAACAUACAUCACUGGGCGCAUUAUUGCCAUGUCAUUUCCUUCCUGUGGACGACAGUCAUUCUAUAGAAACCCAAUUGAGGAGGUGGUCCGUUUCCUUGACACCAAGCACUUUGGUCAUUAUUUCGUUUACAACCUCUGCAGAGAAAAGUCAUAUGAUUCGAAUUACUUCCACAAUAGAGUAGACAGAAUUUCCAUUGAGGACCACAAUCCUCCUACACUUGAGGAGAUGAUUUGGCUCUCAAGAGAGGUCACGGACUGGUUGGCCAAAGAUCCUCAAAAUGUUGUCGCAAUUCACUGCAAAGGAGGCAAAGGGCGAACCGGAACAAUGAUCUGCGCCUGCCUUAUUGCAACUGGAGUGUUUUCAACCGCCGAGGAAAGCCUCCAGUUUUUUGGGAACAGAAGAACUGGCCAGAGAUUAAUCUCAAAAUUUCAAGGCGUAGAAACACCAUCUCAGAGUCGUUAUGUUGGAUAUUUCGAAACAUUGAAAAAUGUAUAUAAUUUGAAUUUACCAGUUCAAAAAACCCUCAAAAUUGAAAAGAUUAUACUUUAUUCCAUUCACGGAGAUGGAACCGACCUAACAGUAGAAAUAGUAAUGCAGCAGAAGACCGUGUUUACUUGCACAUCUCAAACCUGCACAGUACUCCAUGACAAAGAGACGGACAGAGUAAUAUUUGUUAUUCCUGACUGUCCCGACUUAUGUGGUGAUGUGAAAGUAAAGUUUUUAUCACCUUUUCUUCCUAAAGGGUAUGAUGACUGUGCAUUCUUUUUCUUGUUCAAUACAUCAUUUACAAAGAGAAAUCGACUUUAUCUGCUGUGACAGGAACUAGACAAUCCACAUAAACCAAAAGCGUGGAAUAUUUACUGCCCUGAUUUUGCUGUAGAACUCUACUUUAAAGAAGUAUUUUGA